AUGUUCAAAAAAGAUCUCACACCUGGCGCCAAAAGCAAGGUCAAGUCGUCGGCCCAGCGCGCCAUUCGCGCAAAGGCCAUCGAGACCUACCCCCGCCUCGAGCCCUACAUGGAUGAGAUUAUGCCAAAGAAGGAACAGAUCGAUCUUGUCAAAGUACCCGAUCGCGUUUCUCUCUAUGUCCUGGGCACCACUCCUCUUUUCUGGCAACACAUGGACGACCCUCUGAUACCUCAUCUCUCCCUCGUCCACAAGUAUCCUCAAUGCUUUGACAGGAUACGAAUUGAUCGUGGUGCCAUCCGUUUCGUCCUCUCAGGUGCCGCACUCAUGGUUCCUGGUCUCACAUCUCCUGGUGGCCGUCUACCGGACCCUUCUGUCAGUGAGGACGACAAGGAGGCCAACGAUGGCUACGGAGGAAAAGAAUUGCAAGCGGGUGAUAUCGUUGUUGUUGAGGCCGAGGGCAAGGAAAGUGCUUGCUUGGUCGGUGUGCUGAAGAUGAGCACCAAGGACAUGAAGGAGAAGAAGAAGGGUGUUGGUCUUGAGAAUGGCCACUACCUUGGUGACGGCCUGUGGAACCUCUCGCUUUAAAGCUUGGGAUGACUUGUAUGGAGACAUGACUGCAUAAGAUACCUAGGCUAAAAGUUGCAUGAUAUCAACAAAUACACGAAACAGAAUUUUGUUUUGACGCG